GGAGCGGGCGGCCGCCGCGGGUCAAGCGAAGCUCCUGCCCCGUGCCAGCAGCAGCGGGUGCGGUGCGGUGCGGUGCGGUGCGGUGCGGGCCCGGCACGGCGGCCCCAUGCCGCCCGGCGCCCCGCGGCCAGCAGGGCGCACCGCCGGGGCAGCCCACGGGGCGCCCCCUGGUGCCACCCCGCCGCGUCCACGCCGCCUUUCCCCGGGCCGUGCCCUUCGGAGGAGCCGUGCCCUCCGCCCGAGGAGGAUCGCUGUGAGCCUCCUGGCAAGCAGGUGAUCUGUUUGCCAUUUCUCGUUACCCUUCUUCCCACCUCCCCCGCCUUUCUUCCCCCCCGGCUGGACAACUCCCUCCUUUGGAGAACACGCCCAAGUAGCUGAAGAAGAGAGAAAGGGAGGAAAAGAAAAAAAGAGAGAGACAGGGAGAUAGUUAACAUUGAACCUGGGGGGAAAGCCCGGAGCCGCCGGCGCUCGGGAGGAUCCCGCAGCCCCGUACAUCGCCGGCAAUAAAGCGCUGCGUGUGACAGGCAUACAAAUCCGGGAGCGAAGGAAAGGCGGCGAGAGGGGCAGAGCGCAGCCCCGCGGGGCCAUGCUCGGCGGCCCCGGGCAGACCCCGGCAGGCAGCGGCGGGCGGCGCGGGGCGCGGCGGGGGCUGCCCCGGUCGGGCGCAGUGCCGUGACCCGGCCCGGAGCGGGGAGCGACCCGGCCCAGCAGCGCCGCGGGCAUCAUUUCGCAUGUUGGGCUGAGACACGGCAAGCAAGGAAUAUGAACAGGAAAACAAGGCGCUGGAUUUUCCACAUCUUCCUGAGCCUGGGGAUUGUGUAUAUCAAGAUCGGGGGUUUUUCCUCUGUGGUGGCCCUGGGAGCCAGCAUCAUCUGCAACAAGAUCCCGGGUCUCGCCCCCCGGCAGCGGGCGAUCUGCCAGAGCAGGCCCGACGCUAUUAUCGUCAUCGGGGAAGGGUCCCAGAUGGGCAUCAACGAGUGCCAGUUCCAGUUUCGCAAUGGGCGCUGGAACUGCUCUGCCCUGGGAGAGAGGACCGUCUUCGGCAAGGAGCUGAAAGUGGGUAGCAGAGAAGCAGCCUUCACCUACGCCAUCAUUGCUGCCGGAGUAGCCCACGCCAUCACGGCUGCCUGCACACAGGGAAACCUGAGCGACUGUGGCUGUGACAAAGAGAAGCAGGGACAGUACCACAAGGAGGAAGGAUGGAAAUGGGGCGGCUGCUCCGCCGACAUCAGAUACGGAAUAGGAUUCGCCAAAGUGUUUGUGGAUGCCCGGGAGAUUAAGCAGAACGCGCGGACGCUGAUGAACCUGCACAACAAUGAGGCCGGGCGCAAGAUUCUGGAAGAGAACAUGAAGUUAGAGUGCAAAUGCCAUGGGGUCUCGGGAUCCUGUACCACUAAAACAUGCUGGACAACUCUGCCGAAAUUCCGGGAGCUGGGCUACAUCCUUAAGGACAAAUACAAUGAAGCAGUUCAAGUCGAACCAGUGAGGGCAAGUCGCAACAAGCGUCCAACCUUCCUCAAAAUAAAGAAGCCACUUUCGUAUCGCAAACCCAUGGAUACAGAUUUAGUGUACAUAGAAAAAUCUCCCAAUUAUUGUGAAGAAGACCCCGUCACGGGCAGCGUGGGAACGCAGGGGAGGAUGUGCAACAAGACGGCCCAGCAGUCCAAUGGCUGCGACCUGAUGUGCUGCGGUCGAGGUUACAACACGCACCAGUACUCGAGAGUGUGGCAGUGCAACUGCAAAUUUCAUUGGUGCUGCUAUGUUAAAUGUAACACAUGCAGUGAAAGAACAGAAGUAUAUACCUGUAAGUGAGUCCGUGGCCGGGCGGGCUGACCAUGUCCCUGGCCAUGAGUACAUUUGCACAUGCGCUCAACAAACCUACACAAGACUGUAGCAAAGACCUGCUCUCCCGGAAGAAAUGCUGAUGAAUGGAUCCCUGCCUUUUCUUCUCACGUUUCAUUGCAUACAUGGAUACAUAUUUCAGACUCUUAACGAAGUCAGCCAAGAAACAAAUAAUAAAACCCCAAACUCCACUAAGCCCCCUGCCGCAUGAAACAGGGAGAUCAGUUUAUCUGCACCUCUAAAGCAAAAAAGCAGUGACUGCCUUGUGAAGAGACACCGCAGAAAAUUCUCUGAGCACGGCAACGAACUCUUGGUUUGGAAAAAAAGAUGGUCAAAAACUUGUGUGUAAAAGGAGCAGGGAGAGUGGGGGACAGAUCCUCAGACACGGGCUUUGCACAGGAGGCGAUGGACAGUGCCCCGCUGUGACUCGCCCAUGUGAGUGUGCGGAUGAUACAGAUGUAGGCUUCUACACUUGUGAAGAGCUUCUGCUGGUCUUGCCCAUCUUUCCACUUCAUAACAUCUGCUACAGCGAGUAGAACUGUUGGAAUUUUCUGUAGACACUGCUUUAUCUGCCUUUUGUGUGUGUGUGUGUGUGUGCUGCAGAUUUAGCACAGGGAUUUGGGACACUAUGGGACAUAAUAAUAGCAAUAUUUAACAAUUUAUUCAGAUAAAACUAAUAUUAAUUUAUUUAAUUAAAAAGAACUCUACCGACAUUUUUGGAACUAUUCUGCAAUUAAAGUAGAUAGCUCGCUUUCUUUGUGGAAUAAUUUUCUAGAAACAGCAAGGUAAAACUGGAGCUGUAUAUAUCAUUCUUUCCUAGGGUAUUUCUAAUAGUUGGACUUGCAGGAUGUGUUCUACCGUACUGGAUGUUUAAGUACAGAAGUUGGCAUCUUUAUAUAUAUAUAUGUACAUACACAAACACACUGAAUUUUUUCUUUUUUUUUUUUCCCUGUUUGCUGCUAGUUGUCUGGAACAAGAGAUAGUGGUAAGGGUUGCAAAUCCUUACCAGGGUUUUUUUUUUUUUUCCUUCAAUUAAAGAAAGAAACAUUAAUAAAAUCCUGUUUGAGAUAUGUCUAAAAAUAAGAAACUCCAGACAAACUUCCAUCUUUUGGAAAAUCAACCAUAGGAUAAGAGAGUAUAUUUUGUAAGAGACUAUUUUUAUAUAAAUAUUUUAUUUAUACUACGUCUGCUUGUUCAACCUGUACUUUUUCUCAAAACAGGCAUACAAUUUGUAAUUCUUAGGCUAUUUAACAGAGAAAGGCUAAUUAGCUUGUGGACACAACAGCAGCAAGCUGGAUACAUUCAGCUGCAAUUGGUGGAUGUGUCAGAAAGCAGAAUGAACUUUCUCUCCGGAUGUGUGUAUAAACUGGCUCUUUUCCUGCAGCUCAAUCUGCAGAAUAUGCAAAACAAGAACAUGGCAUGUAGCAUCAAUUUUGUCACAUGGCUUGAAUUCAUGAUUGGUAUUAACUGGAUGCUCACUUAUCCCAUUCAGGAAAAAAAAUCCGAAUUAGCUUCCCACAUGCAUCAGUCAUUAAACUCUGGCGUUAUGACUAGCAAAUGUGCUGUGUGUGCUGUCAGUUAAACCUCUAUAUUGUGUUACUGUCAAAUUUGAUUUUAAUCAAUGGAAGACUGUAGACUGUGACUGUAAAAACUAGCGUGAUACACAUCGUCUGCUUCUCAUAGAUAGGAUACAAUGCUUACUUUUUGUCCAACUCACUUUGGCAUUUACAUUAUUCUUUCCUCCAAAAGGCCGGAGCUCAAAAACCCCAAAAAACACCUAGGCAUAUUUAAACACUGCUCUCUUGUUUUUCAGAGCCUAGUUAAACCUUCUUCUGUUCCCUUUAUGGCAUUUUCUUUUUCAUCACUGUUCAUUUCUCCAGAUAUUAGAGGAGCAAAUAUUUUUCUGUUUUUGGAAACUUUCUGUUCCUCCUGCUGGAUUCUUUUGUGGCUGUUAAAAAUAAUCCAAUUUUAAUGGUUUUUUGUUUGCUUGUUUGUUUCCAUUGGGUAAGAAAUGUGGCCCAGAGUUACUGAUAAUGCUGAUAAUACAGGAUCUCACACCUUUAGUGAGGCAUCAGUAAGGGAAACAAACCAGUAGGCAGGAUGCACUGUAUUCACUGAUUCCUGUUAAUAACAGCAAGUGUGGCAAGGAAUAGGUGAUACGCAUCUUGGCACCAAUCCUCUUUCUAAGGCAUAACUCCCAUCUAAGACUGCGAUGGGGAAAACUGUGAGAAAACUUUUUGAGACAAAGGUAUCCAGAAGUGCUGUGAGAGAUGCUGCAGUUUCAGCAGGAUAGCCUGACCUUUCAGAAGCUGUCUGAAUGUGACGUGGCUUUCAUUCAAACUCCCCUCUCACAUAUAUUGAUGUAAGAACAAAAGCCCAAGCAGUUUCCUUGCAGUGCAUAGCUGGAAUUAAAUAUGGUUUUGCAGACCUGCCACUUAACAUGUCGUAUGAUUUUUGUGUAAUUCAGACACCAGCAUGAAAGAGCUAGGUAAAAUGAUGAACGUAACUUACAUUCAAACUUAUGACUCGUCAAUAUAAAGCUAUAUAAAAGCAAUUUUUUUCAUGGAAUUUUCAUGCUUUUCACUCUGAAUUCCAUGCAUCGAGAAGUGACAAGGCAUAAAAUGCAGUGAAGUACAUACAGUAUGGGUGUUAAUUACAGCGCUCCAUUAUGGUUAAGUAGCUCAGAUCUAAUGUUUAGCUUUGGAAUCUCUUCUCCUUUGUUUGUAUUUAUUUUUACAUUUUUUACAUUAGCAGAUAUCAUAUCCUCAUCAGAAGUGUGUUUUCUUCACUGAUUACAGCUAUUUUGCAAGUUGUUACUUCUGCAGCAUGUUUUACCGUAGGAAAGCAACCUGUAAAUCUCCUGCUUCCUCUAUAUUUCAGUAUGCAGUGACAUGCAAUGGACAGCCAGCAGGCUAAUUCUUGAAGGACAAAUGUCUUUAAACAGUUUUGCUCAUAUACUAAAGAACUGAGUGCAUAAAGAAAUGAAUUCGGUACGCAUUAGCCCAACGCUUUACAAUACUGCUGGUGAUCUGUGCACUACUUAGGGAAAAUCUCAAUUUGACUGAUAACUGAGAUAUCAGUUUGCAAAGUAUGAAUUAAAGAUCAAGGAAAAUCAAAUGCUGCAUUCAACUAGAAAGUGUUUGAAAAUUUUUGGCAGUGUCCACUUAGAUAAGGGAAAUCUGGCCAUCAGAAUCCACUGUGUCUGGAGUUAAUUGGCCAUUCUCUAAAUGUGCUUGAAUGGCAUAAAGAAUAAGCAGGAGAGGGAGAAAGAUUUACGAUUUUGUAGAUAUUUCUCCCCCCGACAACAGUUUGUUCUUUGUCCUCAGGGAUAGAAGAGCUCUGUUUUGACUUGGUGAAGAACCACACAAUGGGAUUGAAAUGCACACAACUGCAGAACAAUACAGCCCUCAAAAGAAAAUACAUCUUUUCAUCUGCACUAACCCAGGGAAGUGCUGGAUUGCCGUCCACAUUAACAACCUAGCAGAGGUUUUUAGAGAAAGCAUACAUUUAAGCCGCAGGAAGAGUAAGAGGAGCAGAAAGAGUAAGAGAGCAAACAACUGCAAGUUGGAAAGCUGUUAUUUAUGAAAUAUCACUUCCUUAUUUGAUACUAAAAGCCCGACUCAUGGAAAUGAUGCAACUCCAUAUUGGGAUUCCUAUACAGGUUUUAAGGAUUUUACCUCGGUGCCUUUUUAAAAGGACAACUAACCUGAAUACAAUUCGCUUGGAUACUUGAAGUACCUACCUAAAACUCAUAUCGGUCAAUUAUUAACAUUUCUUUGCCAUGUAUGCACAAGCCUAAUGGAGAUAUGACUUUCAACAGAGAUAAUUAAAUGAAAAACAUCCUUAAAGUAUA